GAGCGCGCUCUGUGAUUGGUCAGAGACAACGCGGCUUUUAGCGCCAGUUUCGAGGACACCCGCCAGCCGCAGAGAUGUUCGUCAGCGAUCUCCGUAAGGAGUUUUACGAUGUGAUAGUGAACCAGCGCGUGCUUCUUCUAGUCGCUCCUGAUGUUGAUGCUUUGUGUGCAUGUAAAAUACUGCAGGCUUUAUUUCAGUGUGACCAUGUCCAGUAUACAUUAGUUCCCGUUUCUACUUGGCAAGAACUUGAAAUAGUUUUCCUUGAGCACAAAGAACAGUUUCGUUAUUUUGUUCUCCUCAAUUGUGGUGCAAAUGUUGAUCUUUUGGAGACUCUGCAACCACAGGAAGAGACAGUCUUCUUCAUAUGUGACACCCACAGACCGAUAGAUGUAGUAAAUGUAUACAAUGACACCCAGAUAAAGUUGCUUAUUAAACAGGACGAUGAUCUGGAAAUACCGGCCUAUGAUGACAUUUUCCGAGAUGAUGAAGAUAAUGAGGAUGAAGACGAUUCUGGGAAUGAAAGUGAAGGCUCUGAGCCUUCUGGAAAAAGGAGACGCUUUGAUGAGGGAGCUGUAGAAAGAAGAAUUGAGAGAAGACGACAGAGAAGAGAGUGGGAGGCACGUAGGAGAGAGAUCCUUUUUGACUAUGAACAGUAUGAAUACCAUGGAACGUCUUCUGCAAUGAUGAUGUUUGAGUUGGCCUGGAUCAUGUCAAAGGAUUCUAAUGACAUGUUAUGGUGGGCCAUCGUUGGCCUGACUGACCAGUGGGUUCAAGACAGAAUCACUCAGAUGAAAUAUGUGACUGAUGUGGGUACUCUCCAACGACAUGUUUCCAGACACAACCACCGCAAUGAAGAUGAAGAGAAUUCCCUGUCCAUCGAUUGUAUGAGGAUAGCCUUUGAGUAUGAUGUGCGUCUUUCAUUAUACCAACACUGGUCAUUAUAUGAAAGCAUCUGUAACUCGUGCUAUACAUCCUCCAUUCUCAAACUCUGGUCUGUGCAUGGCCAAAAAAAGCUUCAAGAAUUCUUGGCUGACAUGGGGCUUCCUUUGAAACAAGUGAAACAGAAGUUUAAUUCCAUGGACAUUUCCUUAAAGGAAAAUCUCCGAGAAAUGAUUGAAGAAUCUGCUAACAAAUUUGGGAUGAAAGACAUCAGGGUGCAGACCUUCAGUGUUCAGUUUGGUUUCAAGAAUAAGUUUCUGGCCAGUGACAUUGUGUUUGCUGUAAUUGCUCUCUUGGAGAACACGGAGAGAGAUGAGCAUGGGACUGAUAACUUCAUCAAGGCUUUAGACAGCUUGUCCAGGAGCAACCUUGCUAAACUGCACCAUGGCCUGGAUCUCUCUAAGAAGCUAUUGCGGGCCAUUCAACAGACUGUAGCCAGUUGCAUAUGCACUAAUCUUAUUCUAUCCCAGGGCCCUUUCCUCUACUGUUAUCUUAUGGAGGGAACUCCAGAUGUCAAGAUGUUUUCUAAGCCCGUGUCCUUGAGUCUGCUCUGUAGAUACUUAUUAAAAUCCUUUGUCAGUUCUACUAAAAACAAGCGCUGUAAGCUGCUCCCCCUGGUCCUGGCUGCUCCACUGGAUGUUGAGAAGGGGACGGUGAUGAUGGUGGGAAUUCCUCCAGAAGUGGAGAGUUCUGACAAAAAGAAUUUCUUUGGUCGAGCCUUUGAGAAAGCUGCAGAGAGUACUAGUUCUCGGACACUUCACAAUCAAUUUGAUAUGUCUAUAAUUGAACUUCGGACCGAAGACCGCAGCAAAUUCCUAGAUGCUCUCAUUUCCCUCCUCUCAUAAGAAAUUUGUGCUUUUCAAGUGGACCAUGAUGUCAUAUCACACUUGUCCCCAUGUAAAUGUGCUGUUUUAUCUAUAUUUAACGUGUUUUUUAUGUGUAAACUUUAAAUUAUGGCUGAGACUUUUCAGCAAUAAUAUUUUAGCGUCUUGACUAGUCCCUAAUAAUGUAAAUAAAACAUUGA